AUGGUUUCCUUCCGGACAACUUUCUUGGCCUUCAUGGGUGCCGUGGCCGUCUCGGCCGACUACUGGGUCGACCCUGAGACCGUGCCCGACUACCUCAAGACGACCAGCGCAGCAUGUGCAAGCCGAUUUGCCUCGAAACUUCGAGUGGCGAUCCCCAGGUCAACACCUGCGAUUCCCGAAACCCUCACAUACGGCUGCGUGUGCAGCGACGGCAAGCAGCCCAACGUGACAGAGUACACCCUGACGCUGCCGUAUCACGUCUGCACGGCCUGGGGCACCGCGUGCGUGGCAGACUGCGGAUCAAACAACAAGUGCGCAUCCGACUGCCGCGAGAAGCACCCCUGCGGCGCCCAGACCCCGACCCGCGUCAACGACACCUCCUCUACCACCGCUGCCGUGCCCGCCGCCACCUCCACCGCCCCCCCGGCGGACCAGGCCUACGACGGCCUUGCUGACGGCUCCGGCGGCAACAACGACGACGACAAGAAUGCUGCCGGGUCGCUGCGGUUCGCAAAUUCGUACGGCUUGGCUGUCGUGGCCGGCGGGUUGUUCGCCGGGUUCGCCGUCCUGCUCUAA